AUGAUCUGGUCAAUUUAUGUUAGUGCAGAUGGUGGAAGAAAUUCUCUUGUUUAUUUUCCAAUGUCUCUUACGUCUAAACUCGAAGCAAGAUUCUUUCGCAACAACAGCGAAACAUUCAGUUUUACGGACUUUAUUGGUCCAUCAAAUGCACUAUCCCCCAGUGCAAAAUUACAACAAGCUCAAUUAUUCGCUUCACGUCAUACCUCAUUUAUUUCUUAUUCUUCAGAAUUCACUAAUCUUAUUGGCUAUAGAGCUAGACCAAGAUUAUUAGCAACUAGCCCUGAUUCUCUGCAAUUUGCACACGAAGGUGGUGCAUAUGUUCCCGAAACCAAUGAAGUUUGGUUCACUGCUAAUCAAUUACCAAUUCAAAAUACUAAUGUAGGCAGUGUGAAUUUGAGAACAAAUGAAGUAAAACAACUCUCCAUUCAACCACCAAUUGUAACUCCAAAUGGUGUGAACUAUUUCGAGGGUUCAGUCUAUAUCUGCUCCCAAGGUAAUAAAAUAGAACCUGGUGCUAUAUAUGCUGUCAAUCCAAGAACACUUGUCAGUCGAUUAAUAGUUAAUUCAUGGUUCGGAUUACGACUGAAUUCUCCGAAUGAUGUGACAUUCACGACGAAGAUCGGCCAUCGAAAAUACAUGUGGUUUACCGAUCCACAAGUUGCUUACAUGCAAGGAUUUGGAUCUUCACCACAAUUGGGUAGCUACGUUUAUCGAUUUGAUAUGACCACAUCGGAAUUACGACCAGUGAUUACUGAUCUCCUUGUACCAAAUGGUAUUGCCUUCAAUCCGAGAGAAACAACAUUAUAUGUGAGUGAUACGGCGCCUGACUUGCCUGGACGUGGUACUUUCAUUGUUUAUGCUUAUGAUUUGAACAGAGAUGGAUUACCCAUUACUCGUCGUAUCUUCUCCGUUAGUUCAGCAGGUAUUCCAGAUGGAAUCAAAGUCGACAAUGACGAACGAGUAUGGAUCGGUGAAGGUGAUGGAAUUAAUGUGCGCGAUCGUGAUGGAAAAUUGUUGGGUACGAUACUCGGUCGAGAUUUAUGUCAAAGUGGAGUCAUUAGUAAUUUUGCCAUACAUGACCGCACUGUAAUUAUUUUGGCACAGGAAAAAGUGUGGCGAUUGAACAUAGCAGCUAGGGUAAUAUAA